CUGAAAUUCCCGAUCGUCAGAAACAGUUAACCGAAAUGGGUGAUAUAAUCGAAAUGACCGGUGGUGGGACCAAUAUGGCGUACCACGGCCUUAGUCAGCACGUGAAUUUCGACGUGAUUCCGGACCCCGGCGAUCGUUUCGAUCUGGAGGAUCUAAUCGGCGAAGGAACGUACGGGGAAGUUUAUUCCGCGCACUGCAACGAAACCGGCAACAAGGUUGCGAUCAAGAUACUGGAGAACGUCGCUGAUAACAUCGAAGAAAUCGAAGAGGAGUAUCUCGUGCUUAGGGACCUCAGCCUUCAUCCGAACAUCCCAAUCUUUCAUGGCCUGUUUCUGAAAAGAGCAAGGCCUGCCCAGGAAGAGGAUCAAUUAUGGUUCGUCAUGGAGCUGUGCACAGGGGGAUCGGUGACCGAUCUAGUGCAAGGUCUGAAGAAAAAAGGAAGGCGCCUAACGGAUGACCAAAUUGCUUACAUUAUCAAGGAGACGGUAGAAGCGUUAAUUUAUCUGCAUACCAAUCACUGCAUGCACCGUGACGUUAAGGGACACAACAUUUUGCUAACGGAGGACGCGGGUGUUAAGUUGGUUGACUUCGGUGUCUCCUCGCAUCUCGCUGCGACGCUCGCUAGGAAGAACACCUCUGUCGGCACACCGUAUUGGAUGGCUCCUGAGGUAAUAGCUUGCGAGCAACAACUGGAUUCCUCUUACGAUUCACGUUGCGACGUAUGGUCGGUCGGGAUCACAGCGAUCGAAUUGGCGGAAGGCGAUCCACCGCUAUCGGAAUUGCACCCUAUGAGGGCACUUUUUCAAAUCCCUAGAAACCCACCUCCAGCAUUGAAGAACCCAGAUAUCCAUUCGCCUGAAAUGGUCGACUUCAUUACGGAAUGCCUGGUGAAGGAUUUGGAGCAUAGGCCGUUCGCAAGCGAAUUAAAAGAGCACCCCUUGUUGAUGGGUAUCGAAUCACGCGUGGAACAGAUUCGAAAUGAGAUUCAGGAAGAGAUUUGUAGACAGAGGUUGGACGGUAGGGUGCACAGGCAACCGGAAGUGACGACCAAACACGGGAAGCUAAAGACCGAUAGGAAAACUAGUCCGCAGAAAAUGUACAUGGAUGAUCUGGCUGCUUUGGAUAUGCUAUCGGAAAGUGGUAUUGUGGAGCAACUGGAACACAGAUACGAACAGGGUCAAAUAUACACUUAUAUCGGAGACAUACUUGUCGCAGUCAAUCCAUUCACAAAUUUGGGACUGUACACUGGAAUCGAGCAAAAGAGAUACAAAGGCCAAGCGAGGUCGGACAAUCCGCCCCACAUAUUCGCGGUCGCUGAUGCCGCGUACCAGGCGUUGCUACAUCAGCGACAGAAUCAAGCGAUCGUGAUCAGCGGUGAAUCUGGGGCAGGAAAAACCGAAAGCGCGAACUUGCUGUUGAAGCAAUUGGUUUACCUGAGUAAAGCUCCUAAUCGUAAUUUAGAAGAAAGGAUUCUUCAGAUAAAUCCAAUAAUGGAGGCUUUCGGUAACGCGACUACGGGGAUCAAUGCCAACUCGUCGAGGUUUGGGAAAUACUUGGACUUAACGAUGACGAAAGGUGGAAAAGUCACCGGUGCACGAAUAUCUGUGUACUUGUUGGAGCAAUCGCGGGUCGUGGCUCAAGCUGAGGGAGAACGCAACUUUCACAUAUUCUAUUACAUGUACGAUGGCUUGGACGCAGACAAUCGUCUAUCGGAGUUCUAUCUGGACGGAAACCUUCGAAAACACCAUCGAUAUCUUAUGGACCAUAGUCAAACAUCUCAGACUCAUAUCGAGAAAUUCCAACAGUUAAAGAAUGGCUUCAAAUUACUUGGUUUCCAAGAUAGCGAAGUAGACACGGUUUACCGUAUCCUUGCUGCCGUGCUUCAUCUUGGCGACAUUGAGUUCGCCGAAGUGGCUAGCGAAGAUAACACCGAUAAUAAAAGUCGGGUGAUUGAUAUGGCACCGCUUCAUAGAGUGUCACAGUUACUCGGUAUCGAGGAAAACGAUCUUCUAGAAGCAUUAACGUCGAACUCAGUUAUGACCAGGGGGGAAACAAUUACGCGACACAAUACGGUAGCCGAGGCCUGUGCAGCGAGAGACGCCAUGGCCAAAGGACUAUACGGUCGCUUGUUCGAUUGGAUGGUGAAUCAAAUCAACUGCUUGCUGAGCUUCAAUCAUGCCCCGAAUUACGAGCCGUUGGCGAUUGGUCUCCUGGAUAUUUUCGGUUUCGAGAAUUUCCCAAGGAACUCCUUCGAGCAGCUGUGCAUUAACAUCGCGAAUGAACAGAUACAAUAUUACUUUAAUCAGCAUAUUUUCACAUGGGAACAGCAGGAAUAUAUGGCAGAAGGGAUUCCAGUGGAUCUGGUCGAAUUCUCCGAUAACAGACCUGUUCUGGAUAUGUUGUUGAGUAAACCUAUGGGGCUUUUAGCCCUGUUGGACGAAGAAAGUCGCUUUCCUAGAGCCACGAAUAAAUCUUUAAUCGAGAAAUUCCACAGCAACAUCAAGUCGAAGUUCUACGUACGACCGAAAUCGGACGCUGUUUGUUUCGCGGUACACCAUUUCGCAGGACGCGUGGUUUACCAAGCGGAAGGCUUCUUGGAAAAGAACAGAAACUUCCUGCCGCCUGAAGUGAUCCAACUGGUCAGACAGUCUCAGUAUGACAUGGUUCGCUUCUUGUUCCAAUGCCCGAUUACGAAGACUGGUAACCUCUACUCGGCGGUUCAUGAGACUGAUUCGAGAAAAUUGUCUCACUCGAAUCAGAAUACUAAGGAGCGUUAUUCUAGUCGAGGAUUGGCCUCGCAAUCCAGGGCUCAACAAACAGUGGCAACGUACUUCCGGUAUUCUCUUAUGGAUCUGCUGCAGAAGAUGGUAUCGGGGUCACCUCAAUUUGUGCGUUGUAUAAAACCGAACGACUCAAGAAGUCCACGAUUCUUCGACAAAGAAAAGGUCGUGAAACAGCUGAGGUACACUGGUGUCCUGGAGACAAUAAGAAUUAGGCAGAAUGGCUUCUCGCAUCGAAUACCAUUCAACGAAUUCCUGAAGAGAUAUUGUUUCUUGGCGUUUGGUUACGACGAACGUGUGGUAGCGAAUCGGGACAAUUGUCGUCUUCUUCUUAUUCGCUUGAAAAUGGACGGAUGGGCGUUGGGCAGAACGAAAGUCUUUCUCAAAUAUUACCACGUCGAGUUCCUCUCGAAAAUGUACGAGGAACAGCUUAAGAAAAUUAUCAUGGUCCAAGCGUUUGUCCGCCGAUGGCUUGCCAGGAUUCGAUUUAAGAAGCAAAAGUGGCAGUUCGCUGUGUCUGUUGUUACUUUGCAACGUCAUAUUCGCGGAUGGUUGUCGCGAAAGCAUUUGAUAGCAGAGAUGAAGAAGAAACAGGAAGAAGAAGAGGCGACCGCUAUAGAAAGAGCUAAAGAGGAACAGGCAAAGAAAGCUGAAGCUGAAAAGCAGGAGGGAACCGAAGACACAGCAGAGGCAGAAGGUUCGAAGGAAGAUGAUGCCACGAUCGUCACACAAAGUCAACUCGAAGAACGUUGCAAGCGGAUCUUGAACUGCUACAACGACCGGGACGAAGCGCAUAAGGCAUUGCUGCGGGAGGGUCUGAAGGAAGAGGACGUUGCGUCGAUCGUUCAGCAAUGGUUCAACAACGAAGAAGAUGCCAAGAAGAGGAAAUCGCUUGUGAGGGAUGUGGUGCAUCCUAAAUUGAGACAAGCUGACCUAAUACACUUCUCUCAGAAUGUCCACAUGAAGAAUCAAGAAGUGCACAAGAACCUACGCCACAACAAACCUGGUCUUCGAUUGAACGAUAUUGAUGAACCACCUCCGGACUAUGUCCGCCCGGAAGGGUUCAACAUGGUGCAGCCGAUUCUGCAGUAUCGAAGCGGAAAUCAAGUGGAAGGGGAGGAGACCAUCAAGUACUAUCACGAUCUGAAGAACGAGAUGAGCAGUGGUUCGGACUUCGAAGACGACGAAGUUGGCUGGGACUUACCGUUGAUACAGCUAGAAAAUGACCUUCACCCAUUGUCGAGGUAUACCGUAGAUCUGAGUUUAAUUAUUCGUAGAAGAAUUUUGGUGAAAUAUUCAUUCCGCGAGGAGAUUAUGAGAGGUUUAAUUACAGGAGAUUUGAGAAACCCAGGCGAUCCGUCGCAGCAAGCAGAGAAUCAGGGCAAAGUGAGUACAAGGAUUAAUCACGCGGCUAACAGCAACAUGUGGUCCCGUGAGGAUAAACAACAUAAGCAACCUGGAGUCAACUCUUCGAAUAUCAACGAUUCAAAUGGCCUACGAUCCAGAUUCAUUGACAAACACAACAAUAUGAACGAACAUCAACAACGUUACAAUGGUCACCAGCGUAACAUCAACGGAUCUUCCGUAAACAGACGUCAGAACGCAGGGAACGGACACUGUAGUUUUUUGAAUGGACAUCCAAACUUCGUUAACGGACACGUGAAUAAUCGUCAAACUCCUCUGAACAGCCAUGAACCAACGAUUAAUGGCCAUUCGAACUCAGUUAACGAACAUCCACCUGUGAAUGGCCAAGUGGUUAAAGCUAACGGGUAUCCACCAUACAAUAACCGGUACCGGAACAUCAUAAACGGGUGUCAAGACGGUUUAUUUAUUAAUAAAAUGGUCGCCAGUCAAUUCGAAAGUCAGCAAGUCGAAUCGAAAAGGCAACCCAGAUUGAAUAACGGUUUUAAGAACAAUCCGAACGAUGGCGCGAAAGGAGUCGAAGCGACAAAACAAAAUGGCGACCUAGGGAAGAGUCGGUUAACUGAAGUGGAUGGUAAAAAUGGAAUAAACCGGAAGUUUAUCGACAAGAAUGCUAUCAAUGGUCGAUUAGUCGUUAGGAAAGAAGUGGGAAAUGACACAUUUGGCAUUCCAGCCGACCUUAGACAACUUCUGAGGCCCACUGUCGUUCAGAAACGGCAAGAAAUCAUCAAGGUUGAUUAUGAUCCGGAAGAUUUGAACGGGCCAUACAAUUUUAGGCAGCUACUAAGGCCAGCCGAAUAUCUUCCUACCGAGUCUUUGAGAAAGAGAAAAGGGGGACAGGCGUCUAACGGAGUUCCAGUGUUAAAGGACAAGGUUCCUGAGAAACAUGUGAAAAGAAGAGCACCUUUGGCACCGAAUCAAAAUAAACUCGUUAAUGUGAAGAAAUAACGCUACGUGAUGCCUGAACGUUCAAAUUUCCUUAGAAAGGUGAUGUAUGUGCAAUUAGAUUAAUGGUUUCGUAAAGAUAGAAGAAGUUGAUCAGGACAGUGAGUAAAC